CCAAAACGCGGGACACCGCUUUGAAAAUGCCGGAAAAUACGAAAUGUUAUAAAUUACAUUACAAACAAAAAAACCUCUCAAAAUCAAUCGAAUACCCCCAAUAUCAUUGUAAAAUGAUGCAUACGAUGUAGUUUGAAAUGGACCUUAGUCAACUCAGUUUUGCUGAUAAUGGUAUAGAAGAGUUGUACAGGGCGAGUCCAUUUUCUCGGAUUAUACCUGGAGAAAAUAUCCGUUCAAACCGCACUUCACACUUCGUGAGUCCGCAAGUUCAAGGUCUCUUCCAAGUCCCUGGAGUAAAGUGUCCACGCUUAGCCCGGCCGAAAAAACAUGGGCUGAAUGAGCCAGCAUCAGUCGUCAAGGCCCCCGUCAGUAGCUGGAGUCGUCGAAGUAUUGAAAUUGUUUCGGAGGAAGAGGAGCAAGAAAGUGUGCGAUAUCCGUAUUCCCCUGGACGUUCUGAUUGUAGUUACUUUUUCUCUCAGAAAGAGACAAAUACUCUCAAAACUCUUGAAACUUUCAACAGUCCUGCUUCUCCCACUCAUCCUACGGUUCCGUCGCCGAGAAAAAAUCUCACUCCCGAUUUUCUUGCAUCAAAAAAGUUACAUUCGGUUGAUUGUGGGUCUCAUGGACUAUGCAGUUCGCCAGUAAAAACAUCCAUUGAUUUUAAUCGGGAGAAUCCUCCACCACAAAGCAUUGAAGAUCAAGAUUCUUCCAAGUUUACUGAUAUCUCUGCGAUUACGAAUAUUUCUGAUAGACGGGUUUCUAAACUUGAUUUGUUCAGGAGCCUGCAGACAGAAUCGGGUUGCAGCUCGAAAACAGAGUUGAAAACUGUUGUCGAAUCGUCAGCUGUUGAAAAAGACGAGUCAUCAUUGUCGAGCGAGGGUUGUAUUGAGUUCACGGCUCAGGCACAAAGCGUGAGUGUUCCUUCACCAGUAAAUACGAUUCCGAGCGUAGAAUUGAGUAGUCAAGACGGUACGGUUGAUACCGACACAAUUAUUAUCGAUAGUGACCAGGAGUCGGAAGUGAUCCGACCGCCAGAUACAUAUACGAUGGUUUCUCGUAGACUCCGAAAGAGGAACAGUUUUGGUAAUACUAAUAAUAAGGAAAGAACGUUGAAGCAAAGCGAACAGAUAGUGAAAAAGAAUACUCAGACGAAAUUUAAGGCGAAGAGUCAUGUGACUGAAGUGCUGGCAGCCGAGGUUGAAAAUGAGGUUGUCGAAAGCGGGAUUGGGAAGCAAAAAGACGAUGCUGCACUGGUUACUUUGAGGAGUAAAGAACGAGAUUCUGCCAGCACAGGGACGGGUACAAACGAUGAGAAGGAGAGUGAAGCAGAAGAUAUGCCCAAGAGAAAGACAACCAGGAGAGGUUUGAACAAGGCUGAAAAGUCCCAGAGAACGUCUGAUCAGAAGAAGGAAGUCCAUGCCGGUUCGCCAGUGAAGGCGACGUCCAAAAAUAGUGAGAAGUUCUCCCCUGAUCCGCAAACUGAGACGCCGAAAGUUCAGAAGAUGAAUAUGAAUAAGGAGAUGCGUCUCAAGGAUUGGUUCCUCCAGCCGGUGAACAACGUCAAGGGAAUCAUAGUCGAGGGAGAGCGGGCCGAUGUUGUGGAGGGCGGUUUGUGGCACAGUACCUGCAUUGUUCAUUGCAUCGACUCCAGAUCUGUUCAAACCGCCAGCGGCAGUGUUUACAAACUGGUGGGGAAUAUCUCGAUAGCAGACGCCGUGGCCCAGGGAUUUACCAAGAAGUUUGCCACGGCGUUUAAGAACGGCUUCCCUCACAACUGGCGGGAUCUUGUAGCAGGACAUUUCACGAAACCUCCCAGGGCAAAAACAAAACCACAAAAUACGACAAGUCUGUUUGAAACCCCUGUGACGAGAAUGAUCGACGUGAGCAUGUGUAAACGUACGAGCAGUGGACGAACGAUCAUCCCUUCCAAAUCGAUCGAGUGGUGGAAGUGCGUCCGCGUCCGCAUCAAUAAAGAAACGGCGGCAGUGGAGAUUCGUAACGGCGUCGACAGUUUCGUUGGUUCAUGUGAAAAGAUGAAAAAGAAUAAUACCAAAUCGAGGAAAAGCAAGCUGCAAGAGACUGAUUCGCCUGAUUUUGUGGCCCCGAUCCAGUCUCCUGACUCCUAUGCCAAGAGAAAGUCGGGGGCAUCAUAUCAGAGAAAAGAUUCGACGUUCGCUGCUAUCUUGGAGGAGAAAGGUGUGGGACGGAAUAAGAAUAAGACCUUGAACAAAAAGAUGAACCGAAAAAAUGUGGAGGCAUCGAAAGCCCAGAAAAGUAAUUGUUACAAGCCGCGGUCGAAGAAAGCCACAUCGGUUUCUUUUGAUAUCAAUGCACCAAAGAGAGGAGGGAUUGCAAAAAGGAAUUCGAAAAUUGUGAACAACAGGACAAGAUCAUGUGAGGUGGUCAUCACACCGUUGGUCGAAGCAAAAAAAAGAUGGACGGAGAAAGUUUCAAAUUUAAAACAGACGAAUUUGGAUGUUUUGCAGGAUUCUUUGUCUGAUUUGAAUGUUGUUCCGAAUGAAAAUGUGAAAACUCAGUCCCGUUGUCCCGGGAGAAGCCUGCGUCGCAGGCUGGUGAAGGAAUCGUGUGAAACGGAUGGAACUGUGUCGGAAAGUUUAAAUGAUAAGGCCAACAAAUCACAGAAAGUUUCACGGAAUCGUAAAAACAGGCCGCGGUCGUCGACGUUGAAUGUCAAUUUGAGGUCGAAUGACGGGGAGAAGAGGGCAAGUGUUGGCGUAGGAAGGCGGUCGAGUGUUGGAGAAAAAAGUAGGUCCAGUGUCGGGGAGAAGCGGCAGUCGUGUGACCUGGUUCCUAGGAGGUCGAGUGUUGGAGAAGUGCAGCAGACAGUCUGGAGUUUGAAUGAAAUAGAAAAGUUCAAAAUGGCGGUACGGCAGAUUCCUCAGACCAGUCCGUCAUUUUGGCUGAAAGUGUCCACUUUAGUCGGGAGCAAGAGUGAAGAGGAGUGUCAGGCAUUCCAUUACAAGAAUGCACCAGAGUCGUCAGCUAAAAAGAAACCGCAUGUUAACUCAGCGAAGAAGGAGGAACCGCUCCAGCUCAGCGGCAGGAAUGGAACGCUGAAGCGGAAGAAACAAAUGAGAAACAUUAUGGAGAAGUUUAACGAAGAUUACGAUUCGGACUUCUUCGACUCUACACCGUUUAAGAAACAGAAAGUUUUGAAGAUAGCCGACAUCAACGAUAUUGACCAGAAUGGUUUCGGUUGUCCCGACACGCCAUUUUCGCUUCAGACACCGGGUCUGGUGGACAACAAUAAGCUACAGGCCAUGCCUUUCUCCCAGAAGAAGACGCCUCAUGCGAACUUGUUCAGUCCGACGGUCUUGAGGUCGCACAACAAGCAGCGGAGAGAAAAUGACUUGUUUAUCCAUCGCAUGUUGAAGGGGAAACGACCAGCCCGGAAACUGUUACACGCGAGGAGGGAAUCUUUAGCUGCCACACCAGGUCCACCAGUGACGACCGGACCCUUGAUGUCGGAGAAUCAGAAAUCGGUGAUAUUCCACGUGACGGAUGCAGACGACCAGGAUGACGACGAGGACCAGGAUUAUUAUUGGUCAGACGAGGAACUGCAGUGAUACACAUUUAAAAGAAUAAUGCAGCGGUCAAUGUAAAUCCUGUACCCCCCCCCCCAAGGCAAUCAACUCAGUCGACACGGCACUUCGCAUAUUCUUCACUAGAAAUCAGCAGGGUUCACCACAGUUUUCGCUGGCCAAUUCGAUAUCAUGGUGGUUUAGACCCUGAGGGGGGGGGGGGGGGGGGAGAUGGUUUAUAUUGACAGCUGCAUGAUACUGUAAGCCCAGUCAUGUUGGUGAUAGCAUCUGAUUUUAGUAAAAAUAUCAACUCAAAUACAAAGCAAUAAAUUUUGGCACAAAUGUGGCAUUUGUCUGCUGUCGUGUAAAAAUUGAACCAAUUUGCAAGCAUUUCAUUUAAAGUUUACAUUUGAAAUCAUAGUAAAUAGUAAAUGUACUUUUUAACCAUGGUGUUCACUUGGUUUUUAUGAGAAACAAAAUGAAUUGUUUUAAAAUUAUAUGGUUAGUUGUAGUUUAGCUUUGUAUAUUAGUAUUGUUACAGGGGCUGUCCACAUAGUAGGCCUGCAAGGAAGGGUUGGGGGAUCUUGAGAAUACAGUAGAACCUCUCUAUUAUGGACACCGUUGGAACAACUGGAAAUGAAGAACAUCGAAACAGCUCCACCUGAGUGAGAUGUCGUAAUGGUAUUCAAAAUCAAAAGAAUAUAAUCUUUUUUGUGUCACCCAGUAUGACCGAUCUGUUUUAUUGAUUAUGAUAAUGAAUUGUUUUACAUUGGAGGAAGAAUGAUAUGAUUGACAGCAAUUAUCCGUGGUCUGCUUCGAAGUCCUCAAAAGAUAAUGGUGGAGAUGCCGGACAGAAUCUAACGUAUUGGAUUCCAAGAUCAAAUAACAACUUGUAGACAUUUAAUUUGAUGACUAUUUAAUAUACAAUGUACUUGCUUCCUUGCCCUGGUCGACUGUAUAUUCGACCAGAGCCAAGGCUUUGGCCAUGAUUGGGUCACCUGGUUCUGUUAUUGCAGAAACCGAAGUAGGGGUAUAAUUCUUCUCAGCCGCAAUUAUAGACUUGUAGAAUAUUUGCAUGGCCAAAAUCUCAAACCCUUCAAAGGAACAACUUGAGCAUGAGAUAUGUUGGUUUUCUUACAAAAGAAGCUUCCAAGGGUUGUGACUUCUCCAACAAAUAUACUAUAGAAUAAUCAUUGAAGUCUAAUGGCUAGAACAGGGUUUGACCAUGAGCCUGCCUUAAAUUCACUGGCCUUGUCCAAAACUGCCUCCCAAAUCGUCAUUAGAACUCAGCACUAGUGUGUUACUGCAGGUGGCGGUGCAUAGUGGCAAACAGGGUCAUUAUCCUCAUGGCCUGGUAAAAGUCACACCCAAGUUAUCCCUUUAAAUACAUUUAUAUUUUGUAUCAGUUUCCACAACAGCAUUGUUGAAAUUCAUUUUCAGUAUUUUGAGUCCCAAGGCGGGACAGCAUCCUGCAUAAGUUCCAUUGUAUUUGCCCACAGCGGGAUGCCAUCCCACCAACUAUGCCCUGUACAUGUGUUAUCUUUACAGGUGCUGCCGCCUUUUGUUUGAAAUAUAAACCAAUAUACUCGUGUAUCCUGUGGUCAUCAAUUUAAUGAUCCAUCAAUUUGCACCUGAAACGCAUGGCUGCAUCCAGGAAUAAGAAGUCCAG